UAUUAAAUAUGUCCACCCCAUAAUGCUCAGCAGUGCAGACGGCAAAACGAGCAGCAAGUACAAGUUCGCACGAGAAAAAAAUAUAUAUGUUGCAAUGUAUUGCAAAAGUCGGAAUAAUGACGUGUUCCAGCAAGCCAAAAUAGCAUAAUGAGCUCAGCAAGUGGACACCAGUCUUUAUGUCUGGUGACGGAUGAAAGUAUUAAUACAAGUGAAGAUGCUUGUAGAGGUCAAUGCAGCAACAGCGUUUCCUAUUCCGAACUCCCUGAUUGUUCAAACAAAAUGGAACACACGUUUGAUAGUAGCAUAUUUUUAACCAGAGCUGGUGCAUCAGGGUCAGCAUCUAGCACACCAGACAUGGAAAGCAUCAUGCAUGCACACCUGUUUCAUGACCAAGACAAAGAAGGAGAAGGAACAAUUGAUCAACAUGUGUUCAGUAGCAAUUCCUUGCAAACUGAAUGUACAGAAACUGUUAAUGGGCUUGAAGAAAACCUUGACACUUCCCUUUUGCCUCUAGAAGGGAUCAAUGGCAUAACUAGCAUUACCGAUAAACAUAUCCCUAUUAAUUUGCAUGAACAAGGCAUGUACUAUGUCAACAUGCAAGAUUUGCACAGUAAACUUGUGAGUAUGGGACCAAAUCAAGGGAGACCAGUAUUAGUGCUUGCAAACAAUCCAGCUAAAGGAAUAGUGGAAGCUAAGGUCAUUUUUGAUACAAGUCAGUCUGUGGAUAAAUUGGUCAAAAUACAAAAUAAGCAAGCAAAAAGGAAAAACUUUGGUGCUAAGCAUAAAGGCAAAAAAGCAGACAAGUGUUUUGUCUGUGGUUUUGAUGACUGUGGUCGCACCUUCACCACUAUGGGAUACUUACGACAACAUCAGCUCUCACACAAUGGAGAAAGGGUAUUAGAAUGCAGCUUUGAAGGCUGUGGUCGGAAGUUUGCAUGGCCUGCUCAUCUCAGAUACCACAUGUUGACCCAUACGGGUCAACGCAAUUACAGGUGCAAUUAUGAUGGCUGUGGCAAACAAUUUUACACUUCCCAGAGUCUUGGGGUGCAUAUGAGAUCUCAUACUGGUGAGAAGCCCUAUGUGUGCCCAGAGGAGGGCUGUGACAAGUCUUUUUCUACAGCAGGGAAUUUGAAAAACCAUAUGAGGGUACAUACAGGUGAAAGACCAUUUAUCUGCAAUGUAAGCGGUUGCAAUAGAAGCUUUGCUGAGCAAUCAAGUUUAAAGAAACAUCUUUUCACUCAUUCAGGGAAGAAAAUGUAUAUGUGUGAACUGUGUGACAAGUCAUUUUCUCAAAGUGGCAGUAGAAAUGUUCACAUGAAGGGACACCUCUUGUCCAAAUCGUUGAAAAAGGGCAGGCCCAGUAAAUCCAGCACCAUUGCUCAGCAGGAUGAUGGAAUGGACAGUUGCCAAAAUGUUUUGUUUAUUCAGCAAAAUCAAGAUGACUUAUAUCAGUUUGGCAACCCAGAUCUUCAUGGCAGUCCAUGUGAGUCCAUAAUUUUUCCUCAUGCAGUAACAAAAGAUGUUGUAGCUGUCACAACUCAACCAGAAGGAGAUUUAGACCUACAGAAUAAUAUCCUUGGCACAGAAGAAGUUUUGGGCAAUGAUGAAUGCAUGAGUUCUACACUACCCACCCACACUUCUGGUGCUAAUGUGGUAGUGCUGACCCAGCCUCAAGAGAUGUCCAGUUUAACUACCAGCUACCAUGGUACUCAGGGAGGCAAAGAAGAAAUCAUAUACCAGAGUGACUUACACUUGACUUUAGAUCACGAGGAAAUGGCAGGAAACAUGAGUUUGCAUGAUUUACAUGCAGAUGAGCAAGUUCAUAUAACAACUGCUAGUAGUAUUGCAGAAACAACACACGCUCAGUCCAUUGAUCCGAUCAUGGAAAUGGAUGGCAAUGAAAGUGAUGAUAAUGACAGUAAACUUACAAUAAUGUGUGAAUAGCAAACUUAAUGUUUGUCAUUAUAGGGCAUCUAUUUAGUUGAGUCAAACACCUUGAGAAUAUUGUUUAUAUAUAUUUUGUUAAUUUAAAUUAACCACUAUUGGUAAAAUGAUGUAAUGAAUUAGGAUCUAUUCUAACAGCUGCAGACAUCAAAUUUUAAUAAUAUACAGUAGAGGUUUAGGUGGUAAAUCUUCGAAAGUUCCAACUUGAUAUCUUUAAUGAUUGAGUGGUGUUGGUCAAUAUAUGUUCCCAGGGAUUAUUAAAGAAAUUCAUAUUUGAAGUCGGGUGUUGUAUGCAUUUCGAUUUAAAAGAAAUAUACCUGGUGAAAACUUUUCUGAAGGUAAAUUAUCAAUUCAGUGGCUGCUUCUUCAUUAGAGUAAUGUGCAAGUAAUGUAAAAUAAUGUGUGAUUGUUAUGAUAAGCUUUAAAGCAUUGUGAGUUUACAGUAUAAUUAUAAAUUCAUGCAUCGUACCAUUUGAUAAUAGAAGAGUUGAAAUAUCAGUGUACUAUUUGCAUCAUUUUAUUAAGUUUUAAUAGUAAAAAAGAUGUACUGAGAUUAAUAAUCUCAAAUUUCACUUUUAAACAAUCCUUUUGAUUGACAUGUAUGUUUGUGACUACAUGCUGUACUGUCUGAUGCUAUUACAAUAAAAUACUUUUGUUUCCA